GUCCAGUGUCUUUACCACUUCUCUUUGUGUAUACUUUCUAAUGUAAUGUGCCGUACCGGAGGAGUGGCUAGCAGACGAAAAAUUGUAACUUAUUGGCCGCCUCUUUAGUUCUUGUUUCUGACAUUGACGGACAAGGUAUUUAUUAACGCGUAAUGGCCGAAAAUUUAAUGAAAGUUCCGGUAAAAGGAAUUCUAAAGAAUUCCACAAGUUUUGAAGGCUCAACCUCCAGCAAAGGGUCUACCAAUCGAGGUGCAAAAUGGGAUGAAAUGAAUAUUCUAGCUACACACCAUCCACCUGAUAAAGAUUACGGUCACAUGAAAAUUGAAGAGCCUAAAACACCAUUUAGUUAUCAUGGAGAAGAUUCUGGUGAUGAGGAAGAUAACCACGAGCUAGAUAGUAAACUUCUCACAGAAAGGUUGAUGGCUGGUAAUGAGGAAAUUCCAGCUCAGAAAAAUGAAAGCUCUGUUAGUGAAGAUGAAGAAGAGGAAACUCCAAAUGAUAAAGCUAAAAGGAGAUCCUUUGAACAUAAACGAAAAUCACAUUAUAAUGAGUUUAUGGCUGUGAAAUUGGCAAGACAGCUGAUGCAGAAAGAUGAAGAAGAAGUUGAAAACAAUGAAGAAGAAAGAUUAGCUGAAAAGGAUAUUCAUGUUGAAGUAAAGGAACCAGUUGAUGAUGUAGAAGGAAUGGACAUAAUAGAUCAGUCUCAGACUUCCAGUUGAAUGCACUAAAACUCCUGACCAAUUGAUUUAUUUGUAGCCAUUUUUCCCAUCAUGCUAAUUGAAAAUUAUUUCCUCUUGGUCAGACUGCUCAUUUUUGUUAAAUAUUUAGGGGCUUCCCUAAAGGAUUAAAUUUAGGUAGGCAACUUUUGGUAAGAAUCCCAUCAGUUGAAUUUUAUUUAAAUCUUUUUCUAGAAUCUACAAGUUCAUUACUUGAGCCACACUUUUUGCUCUAACUAUUGGUUUGUCAUAAUUAUGGUGGAAUCUGUUUAUUUGUUGAUUUCUUAGUUAAAAUACCUUUUCAAUCAUUUUCAUGAUUUCACAAUGUCAUUACAAUAAAUGAUUUUGAUUUGUA